GCUGCUGCAGCACAUGAAUUAGAGAAGAUUCAAAAAAGUGUUCAUAUUAAGGAUGAUAAAAUACGAUUGCUGGAAGAGCAGCUACAGUGUGAAAUUUCAAACAAAAUUGAAGAAUUUAAGAUUCUAAAUGACCAAAACAAAGCAUUACAACUAGAAGUUCAGAAACUACAGACUCUUCUUUCUGAACAGGUAAGAUUUUUCAUGAAUUAUAAGGUAGAAUUAUUCAAACAAAACAUAAUAAGAUCUGAUUCUUCUUAGUUAGUAACCAGCUCA